AUGAGUGAUUCCACGGGAAAUCCAAUCCUGGAUUAUGUUCAGCUGUUGACCACGGUAAAGAAGGGCCUGCCGUUCGGUCUACCGGUUUGCGUCAUCCCUUCCCAUGCCAUCUCAACCACGGCUCAGCUCGCCCAGUUGGCCUCGGAGCUCGGUCCCCACAUCGCGGUUCUUCAAGUUCAGGCUGAAAACAUCGAAGAUUGGGGUCAACACACCAUCGAUCAGGUCACAUUUUAUGCCAAGAAACAUGGAUUUAUUCUGUGGGAGGGAAGCCAGGUUCUCAAUUCGACGGUCAAUUACAUGGGACGAGGAUUAGCCAAUAUGGAGACCCGCAAGGUUCUAGCCGACUUGAUCCAUCACAAAUACACCAGUGGAUUAUUGAGGACUGCUCAGUGGUCGGGCUUGGCUAUUUCAUGGGCGCCUGGAGUGCCUUAUGACCAACAAGAGAAGGACCUUCUUAUUCCAUCCCUUCGCAAGGCCGCUCGCGCGGCCGUCGCAGCGACAAGCAAAACCAUUCAAACCGAGAUCUCCGCAGACAGCGAAUCGAUCCCCGAGGACGAAGAAGCUCCCUUGUCUCCACCUUCGAAAAACGGCUGGCCCGAGUUCAUGGAGAACAAUGUGGGCUACGCAUUGCGCAAGCUAUCAACCAUCUCCGUUACCGAAUCUGUCACAAUGCAGCCUCACGUUGAGACAGAUGAAGGCAUCCCUCCUCCACCUCUCCUCGCCCGUGGCAUGACCCUCUUCCUCCCAUGUUCCGUCGAUACCGCUUUCACACACGAGUUCCGCCAAAGCACAAUAGCCGCUGCAUGCGCCAACUCAGAUUUCGUGGCUGGAUUUGUCACCAGCGAGCCAUUCUUCCCCAAUUACCGUGGCAAUAAUCUGCUAGAACUUGCCUAUGAAGAUGGUCAUGGCAUUCGAAACGAGGAGGGUGGUGACAAUCUCCUCAAUAACUCCCCUUAUAUGGACCAGGAUAUCACUCUCGCAUUAUUCUCUCUUUUACCCCCGGAGCUCAUCUGUGACUAUCAGGACGAAUAUAAAGAGAGUCUAGACACAGACUCGCAGUCUGAGAGCGUCGCGAGGUUGUUCUUCAUAAUGGAGCGCGCCAUGAAGAUGCGAGAAGCCAGUCGCAAACAAAAAGAAAGUGCAUCCCAGGAAAACAAUGAUCAACCCAGUCCUGAGAUCUUCCAGGUGCCCGUUGUCAUUCUUCCUUGA